AUUAAAAUUAUGUAGUUUCUUAAAUGUUGCGUUCCAGAUAUAGUUGCAUUUACUGCUAUGUAUUGUACUUAAUAAAGUAACCUGUUUUGAUUCCGCCCUAGUCUUGCGUAGUGUAGUGUUUCACGAUGGGUAAUAAAGACGAUAGUGUGUUCCUGGCGAAGUAUUCAGCCUUCAGCCCAUACCGGUUGUUCCGACGUGAGGUGGGGUUCGCGCCGCCGCUGGGCGCCGGUGACGCGUUGGCCCGCAGCCUCUACUGCGGCAUGAAACCCAUCGCCUCUUGGAGCUCUGAAGACUCGAAUGCCCUUCCCACAGGAGGCGUGUUCAACCUUGAAUUUUCACCGGACGGAUCCCUAUUGGUGGCAGCAUGUGAGAAGAAAUCUAUACAGAUAUUUGAUUCACUCACUCACCAGCGGAUACACACAGUCAACGGAGCCCACUCUGAUUGUGUUAAUUGUGUCAAAUUCCUGGACGGGCGAAUGUUCGCCACAUGCUCCGACGACACAACUAUAGCGCUCUGGGACGUGCGGAACCUAAAAAAGAAAAUUUGCUCACUACUCGGCCACAGCAACUGGGUCAAAAACAUAGAGUUCUCAAUGAAAGACAAGCUUCUUGUCACAUCGGGUUUAGACGGGAGUAUAUACACUUGGGAUAUUAAUUCGUAUUCGGAGUGUAACCUGGUGUACCAGAGAGUGUUCCACGCGAGCGGGCUAAUGCGGUGCCGACUGUCGCCGGACGCGCGGCAGAUGGUCAUGUGCACGACGCGCGGCCUGCUGGUUAUUGUCCAUGAUCUCAACUUGACUACGUUGGCGCAGGAUCUGCAUGGGUUCAAGCCAAACAUGUACAGACUGAUGCAAACGAGCAACCAGCUGAUCCCAAUAGCGGCCCAGUACGACCACCUGUUCGACGCCAAGCGCAGCCAGAACCGUAUCGAGUUCAUAUGCGACUUCCCAGAGGGUAAUGACGCGGAGGUCGUUAGUGCGUUACAGAUACAUCCUCUAGGAUGGAGCGCAUUAAGUAGAAAUAUAAGCCACGACGACAGAUCAGAGUGGUCGUGCAUCCACGACAUCCAGCCGGUGUGUAGCGCGCGGCACUCGGCGGUGCGCUCGCCGCCGCCGGCCGCGGCCGCGCCGCCCGCCCGGCGCGCGCGCCGCCCGCCGCGCCGCCCGCGCCCGCGCCCCUACCGCCAGCCGCGCCCGCAGGCCACCGUCACGCCCGCGCUGCCCGAGCAACCCGGCACGUCGGCGCUGUCGCGGCGCGCCUGGGCCGAGCACCGCGCCGCCGCGGCGCCGCGCGCGCCCGCCGCCGUGCCGCCCGCCGCGCGAGUGUCCGAGCCGAGACUCGGCGGGGACUUGUCCUCUGUUCAGAACGAUGUCUGGGAGGCGUCCAUCACGAUCAAACAACACAGAAUGCUGCAAGAGUUGGCUGGCAGAGGGCAGGGGCACCGCAACUUCAACAUGCAGCGCAUCAUGGGCAUCAACACGGGCAUCGCGCCGCCCGCCGCGCGCGCGCGCCCGAGGGCCCGCGCCGACGAGGACCAGCAGAGCAUAUCGCCAAUAUCGCCAUCCACGUCCGGACAGACGCCUCGGGCGGCCUCGCCGGAGCCGGAGCGCGAGGCCACCAAGCACUACAUCCGGCAGAACCGCGACCGCCUGCUCUACUACGUCGAGGAGACCAAUGAGGGGAAAGGGUUUAUCAAAGAGUUGUGUUAUUCGGCGGACGGGCGGCUAGUAUGCUCGCCGUUCGGCUGCGGCAUGCGGCUGCUGGCGCUCGACGGCCGCUGCGGCGAGCUGUCGCGCUGCGUCGAGAACUUCACCGGGCCCAGGCCCAUGGUUGACGUGGGCCAAAGUCUAGGACACCAUCAAGACCUCGUGGUGAGCUGCAAGUUCAGUCCGCGCUUCCACAUGCUGGUGACUGGCUGCCUAGAGGGCAAGAUCGUGUGGUACGAACCCUUCAGUGGCGAGACUAUGUAUUAGAUACUUAAUUAUAUUAGACAUAUCAAAUAA